CUCCCACAAAUGUAUUUUAAAACGCGGUUCCAAAUUACCUCAGAGGAAAUUUGUCUCCUUCGGGUUGCCAUAGAAAGGGGACCGUUCAAGUGAGAAUGUUGAAUAUCCGAAGAUUGGUGAAGGUGGCAUUGCCGCUGACGUUCCCUGGAUCUCUGUACCUCACGUCAGGACGUGUUUUUGCCUCCAGCGAGAACGAAGAAAGCAAUUCCUCUCUGAUUACAGAUGAACUGUCUCUGUAUACCACCCCACACUCUCGAGUGCGGCACGUGAAGCCGGAAGUCGGCCACGUGGAGCAAACCAUAGCAUCAGUGAGGAAAUCAGCAGAGCCGUACACAGCAUGGUGUCAGGAAAAGACAUCAUAUGCCCUGGAUAAAGCAGAGAAAUAUUAUAAGACCAUAGAACCUGGUAUUAAUACAUCUAUACAGACUGUGAGAGACACUUAUGAGUUUCUGAUUAAUCCUCCGUCCAAGUUCUACCCAAGUGUCGGUGCUGUGGGUUUUUCUGCAAUCCUCGGACUUUACCUCGCCAAAGGCGGCAGGGUAAAACGUCUUCUCUUCCCCACUGGACUGAUGACUCUGAGUGCCUCCAUGUUCUACCCGCAGCACGCUGCCUCUCUGGCCAAGGAGGCCAAAGACCAGAUAUCCAGGUUGGGUUCACAGACACGUGUGCUUUUGGAGGACGUGUGGAAGGGAAAAUCACCUGGCAAGGAGAAAUGAACAGUCACAGGUCAAAGCAAAGUUCAUCUCCAGCUAAAACAGACUUGACACUGCUUAGUUCAUUCCUAUCAGGUUUAUUCCCAUGUAUAUAUAAAUAUAUAGCAGUGCAUACUCAGUAUAUGAAUCAGUCCUGCAGUUCUCUACUAGUGUUUAAAUGGUAUUUAUUGUCUGUCUGCAUUCUGUCACAGCAUUAAAUCAUAAUUAUAUUUAUGUGGCUUAGCAGUUUAAGUGCAGUUGCCCCAUUUGCUCCUGAUCUAGGUGAUCAGCCAGCAUGUGUUUUUUCCAUCUGAUGUUUGAGGGAAAUGGAUUUGAAUUCAGAUGUCUGCAACCUGAUUAAAUCUUAUUUAUCAGUACAGAUCUUUGGACAGAUAACUAGAAAAAGUAUCAUGAAUUCAGUUACAAGUCUUUAUAUUUUCACGAGACCUUUGUUUGUAUGUUUAUAUAUAAUAUAUACACACAGUUCUGUGCAAAAGUCUUUGCACAUGCAAAGAAAUGCUGUAGAGAAAUGAUGCCUUCAAAAAUAAUGAAAUGAAAUGUUUCUAUAUUUAAAAUAAAUAUUAUACAGUGCAGUAAACAGUGAUAAAUUAAACAAAGGUGACAUUUCCUGUGACCCUUUGCUUUAAAAAAAUAUGUAUAUAGUAGAUUCAGGUAGAAUUAGUGCAGUUUUAUAAGGAAAUGAGCUUUAAGUUUUAUUGAGCAUCUUGCAGAACCAGACACGGUUCUUCUGGAGAUUUUGACUAUCACGCCUCUUAUUUUUUCAGCAAAAUACAGCAGCCUUCAUUAUGUUUUUGUUUGAAAAGUGUCUCUUACCUCUUAAUAUACUGCUUUCUUUACUGACACACAAACAUUUUUAUGUAAUAUUUCAUUUUGUGCUGGAAAACUAAAACGUUUUUGUACUGACUCGAUAAUGUCGAAGUCAUAAAAAAAAAAAAAUCUAUAACAAAGUUUGUACUAAAAACAAUAGAGUGCCUAAGACUUUUGCACAGGACUGUAUAUGUAUUUAUUUAUUUUCUAUGAUCUGUUUAUCUUCAGUGCAUUAGUAAAUCUGUCAAAAUCAGCCUCAUUAAAACAUUUGUUGUACUAUUAUUAUAUUUAUUGUUGUAAUUAUUAUAUUAUAUUAUAUAUUAUAUGAUAUUUAUUCUGUCGUAGAAAAUAAUUUUUUUUUCCAAAAUCAUUUUCAAUGUAAUGAUGGUAGCAACAUAAGUUCUGCUAACUAUCAGGAUAUUUCACCCGAAGCCUGGCUGCUUCUGCCAGGAGAUUAAAAAGGUGUUUAGAAGUGUUUUUUAAAAAAAAAAAAAAAUAAGAAAACAUCUGCCAGGCGUGAGAAACUAAAUUCCCUACCAAAAAUUUAAAAUUAAAA